CCAGUCAACCACAAUUUAAACUCUGGCUCUAAGAUUGUCAACAAAAAGUUUUUUAGUCGCAGCAGUGUCAUGUUGGACGGUAAAAAAGCAGAGUGCCGAGGUAAAAAGAUUAUAAACAAAUUCACAGAAGAGGAAAUGUCUUCUUUACAGAAACAGAUUUAUUAUUCAGAUAAAUACACAGAUGACGAAUACGAGUACAGACAUGUUCUUUUACCAAAAGAAAUAGCCAAAUUGGUUCCCAAAACACAUCUCAUGUCAGAGACUGAGUGGCGGAGUAUUGGUGUUCAACAAAGUCACGGCUGGGUUCAUUACAUGCGGCACGAUCCAGAACCCCAUGUGCUUUUGUUCAGGCGAAAAUUACCUGAUAAAUAAUGAUCUAAUUGUAAAGGAUUAUACCCUGAAGAAAACAUUACAAUUUCAGAAGCACUUUAUUUCCACUAAAUCUGCUGUGAGUGAAAUGACAAUUUUCAAAACUGUUGUGGAUUACAGUGUUAUUCUUUUGAGGAACUUGUUGGUCUGCUGUUUGAUGCAAUAAUAAACUUUGUAAAUAUUCUUUGACUGGAUAAAUUGUACAAUAAGUGAAAGAAACUCCAUAUACCUCUGUGUUCACAGUUUGAUUUUAUUUUAAAUGGUAAGACUGAACAUGUCAAAAAAUUAACUUAAAAAAAAAGAGUAGGAAGUUUUUUUUAUUCUAGACUUUUUUUUUUUACUCUGUGUAUAGAGGAACCUGUAUGAAAAUGGCUGAAACAAAGCUGUGACAUCUAUUUCUUGUAUUGCACUAGGUGCUAUACCAAUUUUUAAUAUUGGAUAGGUAGUUUUGAACAGCAGAUGUUAUAUGUACAAUACAAUCAUGUAUUUGCCAAAAAAUGGAAGGUUUAUAAAUGUUUAUCUGCUUUUCAGUAGAAUGGGUAUAGUCCAUAACACUAUUUGAUAUGUUCUCUGGUUGGUAGUGUAUACUGUUAUUAUAUUAUCUUUUUACAUUGUUUAAAAAAGUGAACACUUGAUCUAUUUGUUGUGUUAGUUCAUAUGAAUUAACAUUAUGGUAUAUUUCAUUAAAUUAAACACUAUAAAACGUU